AUGGCGUUCCAGGUCCCAACACACGUUCCUCGCCGCAGAACGUCCUAUUCAACUCCCCAGCCACCUACUCUUGACAUCCCCUCCUCGCCCGAACAGCGCGAUGACGACACCGCACAAUGGGUCCUAUUUUCCCCGACCGCUCGUACACACACGACUUCAACCGAUCGCACGCGUACUGUGGGAGCUUCUCGACUGAGUGACUUCGGCUCAUUCGCUGCCACCCAGUCUGUAUCUGGCGUCGACGGUGAACUCGAUGACGAGAAUGCCCUCGACGACCAACUAGACGAAGAUGGAACCGAGCUGGACAGCCUAGACGAUGGACUGCACGCCUUUCGGGCACCCGAUCUGGCCCCGGCUUCCCCAAUAAAGGUUGAUCAGGGGCCGCCGGCGAUGCUUCCGGCCCAUGAUGGGUUGGGCAGUUUCCAGGCUUCGAGUCAGGCAGUCCAAGAUCAGCUCUGGCGGCACGAACAAUACAACCCCCAGCGGCUAUCGUAUGGUCAUCUCCAACAUCGGCGUAACUCGAGCGUGCAGAGGCAUUUGGAUACAGUCGAGGAGGGCGAGGCAAAUGUCGAGCGAGAACGGUGGCAGCGAAUCGAAGAAUGGCGCAUGGACCAGAGCCGGGCUCUAUUGCAGGAGAUCGAACGGGAAACUAGACAAAGGCGGACUAGUCUGACCAGCCGAUCGACCCUUCGUCGUUCUGUUGAUCACAGCCCCCAGACGCGUGUGUCCGAUGUGCUAUCACGAGAUGUAUCUCUGGCGAAAGAUGUGUCGGAAGACGAAGAGUCUUUCUGGCGCCGUAUUACCCGAACGGUGAUCCGUGACCUGAUCGGGAUUGAUGAUUCCUUGCUCUCUGUGAUCUUUGGUGAGUCGUUGCCGCUGGACGCGCAAUCUCACACCGAGGAAGAUCCAUUAGACAUGGAAACGGUACUUGCUCGCGAACCAGAGCCAGAGUAUAGCGAUUCACCGCUGUGGCAGGCAAAGGUGCUGAAGACGAUCGCCCAUGAGCUGGGUAUACUUGUGCAUCAACUUUGUGAACACCCCGGGGCAUUUACAGCAUAUUAUCAAAUGACCAAAGAUAUAUCCGCCGAAUAUGCGGGGAUGUCUCUCAACCGCCUAGCGGAAAGCGGGAUCUCUCAGAAACCCGCCGAAUCCACCUCAUUCACCACCGCGGAUACAACUGGCGAGUCCAUGCUAUCCCCCCACUUCUUGCCCACACUUCGAGACUCAAACCGUGAACACGAAGCACAGUGGGGCAUUGAAGAUGAGGACCCAAAGCAAGCUGACCAACUCCCCGAAUCAACAAAACUCCAACACGAAUCCGAGUACUGGGAGAGCGGCCUUGAUGUAAUGAUGGUCUUCCGCUACCUCCGCAACCGCUUCAGCCGCCGAGGCUACAUGCCCAACGAAACGCACACACCAACUCCACCUCGCCGCCCGCAAGAUGCAUCCCGCCGAGCAGCCAUUAUCCGGCAACAUCACCCACUCGUAGCGCGUGCCCACUCCCGAUCACAAAUGCAGAACCGUCGCGCAUCACAAUUCUCUGGUGUGUCCAGCCCAGCGGGUGUCUCCUCCCCACUCCUACGACCGCAUCUCCGACGACCUAGCUCCAGCUGCGCCAGCCAGAGCGCCAAGCUCUCGGCUAUUUCCAGCCGGCGGACGAUGACAAGCUCUAGCCGGAACUACUGGGAUAUUGGCGGUAGCGAAAGCAACAGCGUUAUCGGUGUUGGAGCUGGGCUCGGCAACUGGGGCGAGGUGUGA